UGAAGUCCACAUGUGAUCUCGCGGUGUCGCGGCUCUCCCGACUCGAUACAAAUACAAUCAAUAUUCAAUAAGUACUUGUGAAGUGGUGAUAGUGAGUGCGUGUUGUAUCAAUGUGCAGCGAGAACGGGAACAUGGUGCUUCGCGAGACGGAAAACGGCGAGCCGGCGGCGAAGCGCCCGGCGCCGAGCAUCGUGGUGGGCGGCGGCUUCAAGUGGAACCUGCAGGCGCUGGCGGCGGCGGCCGACAGCGUGGCCAGCGGCGGCAAGUCGCCCGUGUCCGCGCUCAACGAGCUCGGCGUGCGCGUGGCCUACUCCGUGCUGCGCCAGGCGGGGCCCGCGCACUGCCCGUCCUUCACCGUGCGCGUCCGCGUGGCCGACCUCGCCUUCUGCGGCGCCGGGCCCAGCAAGCGCGAGGCGCGCGCCGCCGCCGCCCGCGCCUGCCUCGCCGCGCUGCUCGCCCGCGCCGGCCGCGCGCUGCCCCCCCCGCCCCACCACGACUUCACCAGCGACGAGCCCGCGCCCGCGCCAGCGUCGCAGCUGGAGUGCGUGGAGGCGGUGCAGGCCCCGGCGUCGCCCGCGCCUGCAGCGCCGGGGCCGGGCGCGGAGGCCGCGGCGCCCGCGCCGGCCGGCUCGCUGUUCGGCGCGGCGGCGGCGGCGGCGCACAAGUCUCCCAUCAACGUGCUGUACGAGAACUACUCGGGGCUCGCCUUCACCUGCACCUUCGGCGACGGCUCCCCGCUCACCGCCGCGCAGGCGCCGCUGCAGCUCAGCCACAGCAUGAGGUUCAAGGUCGUCUGCCAGAUCAAGGACCAGAAGUUCGAGGGAUACGGGUCGAGCAAGAAGCUGGCGAAGCUGGCGGCGGCGCGGUGCGCGCUGGCGGCGCUGGAGGAGCGCGCGCCGCCGGCCGCCGCCCCGAGCGCGCCGCAGCUGCGCCAGCACCUCGCCGACCACAUCGCCAAACUGGUGAACGAGAAGUUCAACGAGCUGAUGAAGAACGACGUGGUGCACUCCAAGCGCAAGGUGCUCGCCGGCAUCGUCAUCACCACGCACUCACGCAUCGAGGACGCCCGGGUGAUCGCAGUGACGACGGGCACCAAGUGCGUGUCGGGCGAGCACAUGUCCGUCACCGGCCGCGCGCUCAACGACUGCCACGCAGAGGUGGCCGCGCGGCGCUGCCUACAGAAACACUUAUACGCGCAGCUGUUACAGUACGCUGAACAGGCUGAUCCGACGGUCCCACUGGAGAACAACGACCUGGAGCCUGUUCCUGGCGGCGGCUACCGGCUGAAGGCGUCCCGCGCCGUGCACCUGUACGUGAGCACGGCGCCCUGCGGCGACGGACGCAUCUUCAGCCCGCACGAGCACCACCACGCCGAGCCCGACAAGCAUCCCAACCGCCUCGCCAGGGGACAGCUCAGGACCAAGAUCGAGUCCGGCGAGGGCACCAUACCCGUCAAGAACUGCACCAACACCGUGCAGACCUGGGACGGCGUCAUGCAGGGCGAGCGGCUGCUGACGAUGUCGUGCUCGGACAAGGUGGCGCGCUGGUGCGUGUGCGGGCUGCAGGGCGCGCUGCUGUCGCGGCUCGUGCUGCCCGUCUACCUGCACUCGCUCGUGCUCGGCUCGCUGCUGCACCCGCACCACAUGUACAGGGCUAUCUGCGGUCGCAUCGAGGCGUACAUCUCGUGCCUGCCGCCGCCGUUCCACCUGGCGCGGCCGCUGCUGUCCCGCGCGGCCAGCGCCGAGGCCCGCACGCCGGCCCGCGCGCCGUCCUUCAGCGUCGCCUGGUGCGCCACGCAGCCGCUGCCCGAGCUCAUCAACGCCACCACCGGCAAGCUCGAGAGCGGACAGCCCUCGCUGCUCUGCAAGCAGAGCAUGUUCGCGCGCUGGCACUACCUCGUCAAGCGACUGCCGCUGCUGCCGCAGGAGACGGACGGUGAGACGUUGCCGCCCGCCAUGCCGGACAACCCCGACACGCUGCUGUACAACGAGGCCAAGCAGAUGUGUCCCACAUACCAGUUGGCGAAGCAGCGUCUGAUCGAAGCGUUCGAGAAGGCGAAGCUGGGUCGCUGGAUCAAGCGGCCGCUGGAGCAGGACCAGUUCGUGUGCGAGGUGGCCGGCGCCGCGCCCGCGCUCCUGUUCGCUUAGGCGGGCCGCCACCCCCUCGCGUGUGACGUCACGCGACCCCCGCCGCCGAGCACCUCACGCGCACACCCCGUGAGUACGACCUCUGCAUGUGCGGGUACUGGUGGCGACAGGCUUAGCGAGCUGCGGCUACCGCUGUCGAGGAUGCGGCCUACAGCAGGCCCGCGCGAGUCUCAUGACGGUUGCCAUGGCAACGUGGGCAGUAGAGCCCUCGCGUACUACAAGUACCGCAGCACUAGAGAUAGCGUUAGUCUCACUGAUAGGAACACUCUCCGCAGUAGUGUGAACACUCGCUUACUGCAAGCUUCAGGUAAUAAUGUAAGUCAUAGAACUGUUGUCGAUUAUAAUAAUAUUACUACUAGUGUAAGAGAUGAGUUUAAUGAUAGGAUGUGUGAUCGCGACGGAGCGCUCGGUGAUGAUGAAUGGGAUGAUGAUGACGUAGGUCACGUGACAAAGAUCAGUGAUGACGCAGACGUGACAGUCCUCAUGCACAAAGUAAAGCAAGUCACGUUAGGAGACGAUAAGAAGAGGUUCUGGAGCGAGUUCUAUAAGAGCAGACAAGCGAAGCGAGCCGAUACCAAAGACAGUGACGUCACUGAGCGCACAGCAUGCAGUAGUUGUACGUUCACUGAAGAAGCACAAUUAGCUGGUAGUCAUAGUUGUACACGCAGCGUGGUCGAAGCCAAAGAGACGCCAGUCGAGCGCGAUCCUCUAGGAGAUAACGUACAUAGUAAAGAUUUAGUCAAUUGUAGUGAAGUCGUAAACGACAAUUUAGCAUCGUUAAGGCAGCCUAGAAACGUAAGCACUGACGGUGAUCCCGUGAGAGAUAAUGAUAAAGAGAAUAUAGUUAACGUUAACAGAAAUAUUCUGACCAGGAAACUGGCCGCUUACCACGCGAGUCGGUUUAGAGGUGAACCAGUUAUACCUAACCGUGAUCUAUGGAGUUUAGAACGUAAUGAUGCAGCCACUGCAUCUGAAUCUAAAGAUUAUUUCUUUAACUAUGAUAAAACCGGUAAUGAUAAUAAGCCGACUGUCAAGAAUUCUCUCCUGUUACGGCGACUUCACAUUUACGAACAGAUCAACAGUAAGAUGAAAUGACGUGCGUGAGGGGACCGGUUCGCCCGGAGUAUGUACCUCUUUGCGUCACGAGGGUGACAGUACAAGAGGGUGGGGGUACCCCCCUCCCCCCUCUCUAAGUGACGUCACGCACGUCAAGUUUUGGAGAAUCGAAAUUUUCGUUUUAUGUUCGUGACACAGUCACGUAUUUGUAAUUUGCAAUUCAUUUUUUUUUUUUUCUCAUUAAAUUGUCUUUUUAAUUUAGUUGUUUAUUUGAUUCUCGUUCAUAUUGUUCUACAGUUGUCUCUCACGGAUUACUGGUCCUUAUUUCUUUACUUAGUUAUAGCUAGAUAUAUUACGUUCGCCAUCAGACCCUGUGUGUGUGUGUGUGUGUGUGUGUAUAAGCGCGUGUGUGUGUGAGCGUGACGUUCUCGCCGCGCCUCAGUUGAAACAAUGAUGUCUACCAAAGCGAUGUUAAAGUAUUAAUGUUCAUAGUUUUCAUGUGUCCCUCCGCAGACGCUCGCCUGCACAACUUAUCAUAUUCUAGAUUUUUUGCUAAAUCAUAAUUGUGGGAAAGGGUUGGACAUACUAUUGUGACAACACAAAAUUUAAUGGUUGUCAAAUUCAUGGUGCAACCACAUAGUCUCUACACAGUAUUAGCAUACAUGAAUACCAUGCACGCAUGUGUACCGUGCAUAUAUGAGUACAUGCAUGUAUGAGCACCAUGCAUGCAUUGAGCAUCAUGCAUAUAUGUCUUCCAUGCAUGCAUGAGGACCAUGCAUGUAUGAGCACCAUGUGUGCAUGAGCACCAUGCAUGCAUGCAUGCGAGCGCCGGGGAAGCUUUGGUAGAGUAUCAUGCGCGUCGCGGCGCUACACGCGGCCGGUGUAGACCAACCUUGGAAGCAGAGUACCUGCGCUACGACGCUACGGCGCUACGACGCUACGCCGUAGCACUGCUACGCACAUUGUCAACUAGUGCCAUACUAAUUGAUACAAUUUCAAACUAAAAUCUGAUUAGUUAUAAAUAUUGGAGUUGUAUUUGUAUUCAGUCAAAAUUAUUGUGUUAAUUGUUCGCUUGUAUUUAAAGUUUAACUUUGAUUUUAUUGUACACUGUGAGCCAAUGUUUUCAGGUCAAUUAUAACAGUCAAAAAAUCAUAAUUAAGUUUUUUGACCUCUACACAUUGGUAUUAAUGCAUGACAUAAUAAUUGAAAUAAAUAUGUGUUCUAAUAAUAUUUGUGUCGAUACCAACAGCUAGCAUGUCUUACAAUCUUACCGUAUUAAAGUGAAUAUUAAAGUUACCCUAUUCAGUAUUGUCAAAUAGUUUGCUUAGAUAAGGUUCUAUCUCUCUCUAAGAUCACAAUUACUUGUAUUUCCUUCAAAACGAGUCAUUUAGUUUAGUACAACUCAUAUAGUCGAUGACAGAAUAACGUCAAGGGUGAGUUGCACCAUUUGACUGUGAUGAUAACUGAAUUAUAACUAGCCGAUAUAUAGUGCAAUGGGCGACUAUUUAAUAGCUGGUUAUUGAUUUGGUUAUCGUAAUAGUUAAAUGUUACAACUUCCUCGUAAAUAAUUAAGUUUUCUCAGAUGUAUGAGUAUUGAUCAUUUUUACUCCAAGUUUCCUCUUGAUCACUACACCUUUCUUAAAUAAUUUCAUAGUAGAAUCACUGGCUACUGUACUUAAUUCAAUAUAUCUUUUAAUAAGUUCAUGUAUUCUGUGGUCGACUGUACACUUGCAAAUAUGUUCAUAACUUUUUGUUAACACUGUACCGCACACUCGACAGUUUACUUCAAAACUAUUGAUUGUCUUUUAAAAUUAUAAAUGUUCUACCUUUUUCUGUAACAAGUGUACCUGAUAUUCUUUUCCCCACUCAUAAUUUUGGUGUUUACAUUGAUGAUUCCUACAUUUUGUCUAGUGCGCGGUCGGUGCUAUCACUGUAUGUGCGCACUGCGUUCCUGAAAAAAUGUUUUAUUAUGGACACAAUAUUUACCAUUUAUUUAAGCGUUCUUUACUGACCUUGAUAAUCAGAAUAUAGCGUAACUUCAAUUGUGUAGUAAAUCAUCAAUGGCGCUUACAAUCAUAAUUUCAUUACUUUAAUCAGUGCGUCUUCCAGCUAUGUUAAUAAAAUUAUUAAAUCUGUUUUUAGAGGAGGUUUUGCAUCGACGAAUAUCAAAAAUUAUUGUGUUUUUCUGAGACGUGAUCAUCUUUAACAUUUUUUUCUUAUAAAGCCCAAGUUCACCUACAACAUAAAUGUCGGUUUUUCUUAAAACAACUGUUUACCUUUUGAUAAAGUAUACAAUUGUUUUAAGAAAAAAAUACGUUUACCUUGUCUUCUAGCGUCAAACGUAAGUAACUGUUAGUUUACUUAGAUGUCGCUAGAGGCGCCAGUGUGCACAUACUGUACAACAUUAUGCAUUUAUGAAUAUUUUGUGUAUAACUACAAGCAGUCAGCAUUCGCAAGCACUUUAUGAUUAAGAGUAAUAAAUCAUUUCCUUGUA